GUUUACUAACCUCAAAUAGUAUGAUUUCAAGAGUAUUAAGUUAAUUAUUUCUUUAAUUGUUAUAGAAGGGAAACAUUGUGUGGUAUUCCAACAUAAAUCAAGCGAAAUUGAAAUUUACAAGCUAUCUGUUUACUUAGGUGUCGGGAAUGCCAUACAUCAUCGUUAGAGGCACCCUCGGCAUGGCUAACACCAGGGUCUACGGACUGAGUGACCACGAGAUCACGGAGAUCAAGAAUCGACUGAGGCUCACCGGCAAAGACGAGACCAAGGACGAGAUCACGCUCUACAACUCGGUGGUGUACGUGUUGAACCAGCUGGAAUACUACUUUGGCUACAGAGUUGUGACCUGUACUUGCCAAGGAGAUAUGGUGCAACCUAUGUGGACACUGGCUAGGCCAACCAUCCGGGCAUGAGUAUAAAAAAGUAUAAUUUUGUAAAAAUUUACCUGGGAAUGAGUCAAAUGAACAGGUCUUGAGUCGAAAUACAGUAAAGCCCCAACUAGGCUUAACUGAAAUAAAGGGAAACAUUUAAGUACCGGUACCGUAUGCUAUGUUUCGAAUCAUAUUUUGGAAUUUAUUACCUAAUUCGGUUCAAAGAGAAGUACAAUAGUUUUUCACAUUAAUUAUUUUCAGAACUGUAAAUAUUAUUGCUAAAUAUUAUUGUUUAUCAUUUUUUUAACAGUUUGAGAUCCGACUUAUCAUAUAAAGAUCUGUUUUUUGUAUUUCAUUACAUUAGCAAAGUCGGGCCAACUACCUGCACCAUGUCGGACAAUUCCCAUUGCGCUAGUUUUAUCCCAUUGCGCUAGUUUUCCAAUUGAUCUGAAUUUAUAUUAUGGUUUAGGUUAAACAAGGUGCAAUUAAAGGGUUUUGCUGUAGUUUAGACAGAGAAACUGUUGCUAAUGAGUGUGUGAAAUGGUCAGGGCUGGAGUGAAAUCAAUGAAAAGACUUGUAGAACAGCAGUUUGCAAGAUAUUCAGGUCUUGAAAGGGUAUGAAGAAAUAUUUAAGUUAUUUUUAAAUAUUAUCU